CCCUCCAGCGUGGAUCCAUAAAUGAAUGGUGGGCUCGACGGCCACACCAUGCAGGACCCGUCCCUGAUUGGUUCGGUGCGCGACAGGAAUAAACACUCUCAGGGUAUAUAUAAUGCGGUAAGGUGUGCCACUUCCAAGAAACGAGAAUCCCCCUAAACGCAAUCCGAGAUAAUAGAGAAGAGCUGCUGUUAGACAUCACCGGUUUCAACUACAGAUCCAAGGAUGAGGGCGCAGAUUCAAAAGGUUCCGCAGAUUGUCGAGCUGCUGAAGAAGAAGACUGUGGGGCUGCAGCACUUCAAGCCAACAUCUUCAGUGUGCGUCCUGGAGGAGAAGGAUGCUGCGGAGGCUGCGUCGUGUCCUCACGCUGCUUCCAGAGCGCACAGCUUGGACGCGAUGCCAGGACCCACCAACUUCCCCGUGUUCGGCAGCCUGGUGGAGCUGCUGCGUAAAGGAGGACUGAGAAGGCAGCAUGAGGCACUGAUUGAUUAUCAUAAGAAAUUCGGCAAAAUCUUCCGGAUGAAGCUGGGCUCCUUUGAGUCGGUGCACAUUGGCGCACCUUGCUUGCUGGAGGCGCUCUAUAGGAAGGAGGGAAAUUAUCCUCAGAGGCUGGAGAUCAAACCCUGGAAAGCAUACAGAGACCUGAGAGACGAGGCGUACGGACUCCUCAUUCUGGAGGGAAAAGAGUGGCAGAGAGUGAGGAGCGUGUUUCAGCAGAAGCUGAUGAAGCCGACAGAAGUAGUGAAACUUGAUGGCAAAAUAAACGAGGUCUUGAUGGACUUAGUUGGCAGAAUUGGAAAAAUAAACGUCAAUGGGAGGAUUGAGGAUUUGUACUUCGAGCUGAAUAAAUGGUCGUUUGAGACCAUUUGUCUCGUCCUUUACGACAAGAGAUUUGGUCUGCUGCAGGAAGAAGUCAACGAGGAAGCCAUGAAUUUCAUCACAGCUGUGAAAACAAUGAUGAGCACGUUCGGCAUGAUGAUGGUCACGCCUGUCCAGCUCCACAAGAGCCUCAACACCAAAACAUGGCAGAACCACACCGUGGCGUGGGACCGCAUUUUCAGCACAGCCAAAGUCUACAUCGACAGGAAGCUGAAGAGGAAUGCCGUCAGAGCUCCCGAUGAUUUAAUCGGUGACAUCUUACAUCACAGCUCUCUGUCAAAGAAGGAGCUCUAUGCUGCCAUCACCGAGCUGCAGAUUGGAGGAGUUGAGACGACCGCCAACAGUAUGCUGUGGUUUAUUUUCAACCUGUCACGUAACCCCGGCGCUCAGAGGAAGCUACUGCAGGAGAUCAGAGCGGUGGUACCUCUCGACCAGGACCCGUGUGGAGAGCACCUCAAAAGCAUGCCCUACCUCAAGGCCUGCCUCAAGGAGUCCAUGAGGUUAUCGCCAUCAGUCCCAUUCACCAGCAGGACCCUGGACAAAGACACUGUGUUGGGAGAUUAUGCCAUUCCAAAAGGAACAGUGUUAAUGAUUAACACUCAUGCACUGGGCUCCAACGAGGAGUACUUUGAGGACAGCAAGCAGUUCAGGCCUGAGCGCUGGCUGCGGGAGAACAGCACCAUCAACGCCUUCACCCACGUUCCCUUUGGCAUCGGAAAGAGGAUGUGCAUCGGCCGACGGCUGGCAGAACUGCAGUUACAGCUGGCCAUGUGCUGGUUGAUCAGAGACUUUGAGAUCGUGGCGACAGAUAAUGAGCCGUUGGACGUGAUCCAUUCGGGGCUUUUGGUUCCCAAAAGAGAACUGCCAGUGGCCUUUAUCAGGAGAUGAGACUCCAUAUUCAACUUGUCCGGACGUAGCAACAGAAGUCGGUUCCUCUGCUGCCAUGUUCCUGAUGCUUCAGUGACUCCCUGUAUUGCUGCUCUGUAAAUAGAAAACCCCCAGAAAUUAUUAUACAUGUAAUCGUGCCAUAAAUACCUCAAACUUAUUUAAAGCUAUUACUUAUGACUGUUAAUGACUGACCAAAAUACCAGUUGUAAUGUACAAGUUGAAUGUUGUACCAAGGCAGCUGUCUUCAAAUUGUCAAUCUCAUACAUGUAGAAUGUAGAAACUACUUUGUGCUUUUUCUUUUUAAUAACUUAUAUUCUAAAUUUAAUAAUACGAGCUAUAUAUAUAUAUAUAUAU